CCGCUGUGUAGCAGAGUAGCAGAGAUGUUCGGUUGUAUUUUGUGUGUCACACAUGGCUCCGGCUGUGAUCAGACGGCCGCUCGUUUGCUCUUCCGAAUAAUUGAUAUUUUACAAGAGCCAGGAUGACAACAUCUUCGGAAGAGAUCCUCCUUCAGGUGGGUCAAGUAAGGCACAAGAAAGGAGACGGAACUCUGUAUGUCAUGAGCGAGCGGCUUGCUUGGAUGCUGGACCAUCGGGACACAGUCACAGUCAGUCACCGGUACAUGGACAUCAAGAUGCAAAAGAUUUCACCAGAAGGAAAACCAAAAAUUCAACUACAAGUAGUGCUGCAUGACAACACAACAUCAACAUUUCAAUUUGUAAACCGUCAAGGCCCUGCAGCUGCUAUCAAAGAGAGAGAUCAAGUCAAAGAUUUGCUGGUCCAGCUUCUACCAAAGUUUAAGAGAAAAGUCAACAAGGAGUUAGAAGAGAAAAAUAGGCUGUUGUCUGAAAACCCUGGGCUGCUCCAGUUGUAUAGAGAUCUUGUCAUAACACAAGUCAUUUCACCAGAAGAGUUCUGGGCACAACACGCGUCCCAGUAUACCCAAAAGCAGAAUAAUCAAAAACAAGAAGUUGGGGUCUCAGGCGCUUUUUUGGCUGACAUCAAACCACAAACAGACGGAUGUAAUGGGCUCAAGUACAAUCUUACUGCAGACAUUAUUGAUUGUAUAUUCAAGACUUAUCCAGCAGUUCGCAAAAAACAUAUAGAAUAUGUCCCUCACAAAAUGACUGAAGCUGACUUUUGGACCAAAUUUUUCCAGUCUCAUUAUUUCCACAGAGAUAGAAUCACUACAAGCUCUAAAGAUUUGUUCACCGAAUGUGCCAAACUAGAUGAUCAAGAAAUGAAAAAAGUAAUGUCAAAUGGAGUCAGUGAUCCUCUUUUGGACAUUACAUCCUUUGACGAUAAAAUCGGUGAUGAACCAUUAGAAAGGCCAGCUGCGACUCAAAAUAUUGUUCACCAAAAUAUGAUAAAAAGGUUCAACCAACACUCCAUUAUGGUGUUGAAGGCGUGUCAACAGCCAGCUGCAGCCAAGCCUGAGGUCAACGGAACCAGUCAAUUGCCUCAGAUGAAUGGUGAAGUACCCAGCACCAGUGCUGACCCUCACGAAGUACAGGCUAAGAAAAUGAGAAUUCGUGAAAAGAUCAGCUAUGUAGAUCUUGAUGCCAGUUGCUCCAAUACUCCGUCGGUGUCUCACCUGAACCUAACUAAGGUGGAGAGGUAUCUGCACGGCCCCACACCAUCUGCUAGUGACGACAGUGAGGUGUGGGGAGGGGAUGAGGCUGUGCUGAGUUGUUGGGGCCGUCUGCAGCAGGAGGCAGGGGGGUGGGGGGCAACGUCUCGUCCCUCAGCCCCCCUCGUACCUCCAGCUGCGGCUGUGUCUGCCCUGGGCGAGCUCACCCCUGGCGGCGCCCUCAUGAAGUGUUACCACGACGAGUCACUAGCACAACUGGUGCCUGCGCCACUUGAGAAGGAGCUGCGCAACUUGUACCUGAGUGGCUGUGAGCUGUUGCGCCACUUCUGGCUGUGUUUCCCCCCCACCACCCCCCAGCUGCAAGAAAAGGUGGAGAAAAUGCACGACGCUCUGCAUCGCUUCCACUCAGCCAAGCUCAAGCCCUUCGAGGACCGAGUGUUAGUUGAGUUCUCACCAUUGAGCCAACAGCUGACUAGCCACAUGAACCAGCUGUUGACGGCAGCCUACUCCAAGUAUGAGAUGUGGCAGAGUAGACGCAAGAAUGUCUCCAUGAGAUAACCCUGCCUCUUCACUACUGCUGCACAGUUACCAGUCUAACUCACCUUCUAGUAGGGACCGGUGAAGAACUUGAUUGGUUGGAUGGUAGUGGAUUGUUCCUAAGAAUAGUUGUGCAACCAAAAGUGAAUCAUUUAAAGGCAAUAUUUUCUUAAUUAUGUUUUUGAAAUAGAUUACUAUGUGCUAGGUAAUAGUUUUUAAAAAUUCACUUUCAGUUCAAGUGUACAAUAUAUUUUUGGUUUUAGAUAUUUUUUCUCAAAUUCCUCAUAUAGUAGUAUAGUACCCUGGAUUUGUUACUGUUACAGUAUUUUCUCAAGCUAUCUAUAAUAAUAGAAAGUUAAAAAAUAAUUUGCCAACCUAGCUAAUAUUUUAUCAAAUUUGUCAUAUUAAUUUUCAAAGUAUGUUUUAACUUUGCUAAUUAUUAUUUCAAGCGAGGGGAAAAAGUUUGGGUACUUACGUAUUAUACGGAGGCCACUUAUUUUACAGCGCGCUGCGGCGGUUAGGUUAGGUUGGGUUAUCAUAAGUUUUUAUGACUCAUCUCGUAUAGUUCGAUUCAUAACAAAACUAGGAAAGUUCUACAAACAUUUUUAUGAUAACCCAACUUAACCCAACCGCCGCAGCGCGCUGUAAAAUAAGUGGCCUCCGUAUAAUACGUAAGUACCAAAUUUUGUAAUACCCUUAAUUUAUUGAUCUUAUAAUUGUUGCAUCCAGCUGAUUUAGAUCUUAAGGUCUUUACAGUUUUUAGUUUUGUUUGUUAGUAAAUUGUUGUUGUGAAUAUUUGUUUCUUUUUUAGUAAAAUUAUAGGCCUAAAUCAAGAAACUUAUUUUUAUGAGUAGUUGCCUCUUCCUAUAAUUUACAUUUUCUAUAUUUAGUCAAUUUAAUAAACUAGACAUAUUGAUUGCUUAUA